AUCCAUCGGUCUCGGCAACGGCUGGCUGUUCCGGGUUCGGAGGCAGCGAUGAGUCACUUGAUUGGUUGAAAUGCGGUUGGGAUCGAAAGCAGAGGCUUCAGUCGCCAUUUUCUGACCGAGAUCGUGAGGAUUACAGAAAGCUUCAUAAAAUUAUGGAUAAAAAUGCAGUGAAUUAUGGAACGCGCAGCGCCACCGUGCGCCACGUGGACGCGCACGGAGCCGAGCUAUUUGUGGAUUAUUUACUUAUUUCUAGACAUGUUUUGGACAAAAUAUGAUACUUGCUAGUAUUGUCUGGAUGACUACUCUUGGAUUAUGGCCGGUUUUUGUGGAUUAUUUUCAUCGUUGACCGGUAAAAGACCAUCGAAACAUUCCUGUCAACUCACAGUCGACACAAACACAGUACACGGAAACCUCAGACUGUCUGACAACAACAGGAAGGUGACAUAUGUGGAGGAGGAUCAGAGGUAUCCUGAUCAUCCAGACAGGUUUGACUACUGUUAUCAGCUGCUGUGUAGAACUGGUCUGACUGGUCGCUGUUACUGGGAGGUGGAGUGGAGAGGAUGGGUUUAUAUAUCAGUGAGUUACAGAGGAAUCAGAAGGAAAGGAGACAGUUAUGACUGUGGGUUUGGAUGUAAUGAUCAGUCCUGGAGUCUGUUCUGCUCUGAUGAUGGUUACUCUGUCAGUCACAAUGACAGUGAAACAUCCAUCAGUUCCUCCUCAGUCUCUCACAGAGUUUCAGUUUAUGUGGACGUUCCUGCUGGAACUCUGUCCUUCUACAGAGUCUCCUCUGACUCUCUGAUCCUCCUCCACACCUUCAACACCACAUUCACUCAAACUCUCUAUCCUGGAUUUGGGGUCUACAGGUCCUGGUCUGGUUCUUCAGUGUCUCUGUGCUGAGUCUCGUCUCCAGAGUCUCCUCCUGGUACAGAAACAGUGUUGAACAGAUGGUUGAGUCUCUCCAUGACUCUGUCCCUCACAAACAUGUUUUCACAUUCAUGGAUUAAAUGUGUUUCUUUGUCAAAUCCUUCUCAAUGAUUCCUUGUAAACUUGUUCCUCUUCAAAGAUGAAGUUGUGAUUCUUCCAGGAGCCAAAUGUGGUGUUUGCGUCUUUUUCCAGUCAAAUGUUGAGAGUGAAAAUCAGGAUGUGGUGUUCCUCUGACGCUCACUGGAACUAAAGCAUUUGAGCUGCACAAAGUGUGAAAUGAGAGAGGAAGCAGUGAAUCUCCAAACUGCUGACAGACUUUCACACAUUAUUGUCCAGUGAAAAUCAGCUUUUUGUGCAGCCACACUUGAUCCUGAUGUGAGUCUUUAAGUCCUGUUCUAGUGAUGAAAUGAGAACUUCCUUCAUCUGUGUCACUCUUUCCAAAGUAUUCUGUGCUCUUCUGUCAUUUAUGUCUUAUUGAUAGAUCCAUUUUUCAUUUUUACUAUAAAUAAGUGCUUCAAUGUUUUUUCAUCAGUUUUUUUUUAUCAGAUUCUGAAUUUCUGGUUUCAUCAACAAAUUCUAUCAGAUUGUAUUUUUCCAUCAAAGCUCCCAUAACCCUAGCUAUCUGUGGAUCAAAAUGUUUUCAGCAUCGAUAUGAUUCCAGUAGAAUUUAAACCCACCAGGACUAUCCAGAUUACAUUGAACUCUGUAAAUUCUACAUUUUUUAGCCUGUUUCAUUCUAUAAAUGUUGUGUUUGGCCGUUAAAGGAGCUUUUCCUCACAUUGUGCUGUAUUUGAACCCUUCCAUGCUCUAAAUUCUUUGAACAGAUCUUGUGCUGUAAUCAAUGUCUAACUUAGUUUUUAUUUUCAUUGCAGUGGUUGAUUUUUCCUGAACAAGAUCAAUGAUUUUAAUACGUCUUUCUCCACUUUAUUUGCUCUGCCUGUGGCUUUUAAACUAUUCUAACUUUCUUUUUUAUUCAAUAAAUGACUAAUAACACACUUUGAUCUUCAUGUUUGUUUGCUUAUUUGUUGAUCAGUGGAAUUUAAUUUUCCAUGUUGAAUAAUCAACGUUUAUCCUCUUCCACGGCAGAAAUGAAAACAGAAAAAAGAUCUUUAGUAAAGCAGUAAAACUGAUGCUUUUAUUUUGAUCUUUUUGUCUCCAUUUUUAAUUCUAUUUCAUUAAAUUUAUCCCUAACAGCAGAUAUAAAGAAGUCCAAAGACUAGAAGAAAAACUCCAUAUUUUAGUGGUGAAAAGACUCAGAAACCAAACUUGUAAAUAAAUGAUCUUCUCUGUUUUAAUUUCUAUCUGUUCUUAUGAUCACAGUCAGUGAGCGAGUAAAACAUGAACAAUCUAAAGUUGUGAACUUGAACUUCUUUCAAAGUGAUUUUUCUGUGAACAAUCCAAAUAAAGUGUGAGGUCAAAGUGUGA